AUGUCCCGGGAUGAGACAGUGUGUAAAUACUGUGGAGUCAGCUAUUUGAUACUUCAUGAAUUUAAGGUGAUGGAAGAAAAAGUAAAAGCAAUGGAAAAGGAAAUUAAAUUUUAUGAAGGAAGUAUAGAACGGGAGAAAGGACUUCAAGCAGAAUUGCAGUCUCUUUACCAAGACCUUGAACACUACCGAGCUGACAGUGAAUCAAAAACAGAAAGAAUAAAAACCCUAACGGUGGAACUUAAAACCAAGCAAGAUGAAUUUAAAAAAGUGAAAGAAGAUUUGCGGUAUUUCCAAGAGGAAAAGGAAGCUGCCUAUAAGCAAUCACAAGUGCUCAGAAGUGAACUAGACAGUAUUAAAGAAGUCAUUGCCAGUAACCUGGAGAACUGGGCCGCCAUGAAAGAAGAAAUUUUUCUACAAAUAAAAACUGUUAGCAAAGAAGCUUUGACAGAAAUACCCAAAUUGAAUCAAAGAUUAGCAAAAUCCCAGAGAGAGAAUGAAUGCCUCCAAGAAAAGGUAAAACAUCUGACGUUGGUGGCUGACACAGUUGAGCUGAAAACUCAACAGCUUCAAACUUCACUUCAGCAAGGGAAUGAGCUACAAAGUAGGUGCCGUGAACUACAAAAGGAAACAUUAGAUUUAACAAAUCAAGUAGAGACAAUUGGACUGAAGCUGCAGAAAGUAACAGCUGAGACGGACCACUACAAAAAGCUGUUAAUGGUGAAAUCAGCGGAACUUGAUGUCUGUCAGAAUGAACUGAAAAAAAUGAAAUACGAAAAUGGAAUUUCUGAAUCAAGACUUAUGAAAGAGCUCAAGGAAAAGGAGGAAUCUCUUCUAAUUUGCCAACAAGUAUGCAAACAUUUACAGGAAGAAGUGGCUGAGAAAGAAAGGAAAGAAGAAGAUCUAAAAAGAAGAACCGGUCGAUCAGAAAGUGAGCUGGAAGCACUUAAAGCUCUUCUUAGACAAACAGAGGAAGAGGUGGUGAUGUUGAAACAAGAAAGGGAGUUAAUGCUGAUUUCUCAUCAGAACAGAACAGAGCAGCUGCAGGAAACAUUAAGACAGAAGAUGCGGAAUGAAGAUAACUGGAGGGAGAAGAUGGAAAUUGAUCUGGCUAAAGGUGAAGCACGACACAAAGAAGCGAUUCUUAAAGUCAAGGAAGAAGCGAGGGUGGAACUAGACAUUGAAAGACAAAAACAGCAGGAAUUAAUCACAAAAUAUCAGAGAGAUCAUGAAGAGCUCCAGAAGAAGAUACCAGGAUUAAUAUCCAGUGCCACCAAUAGCUUAAGGAAGGAGACAGAAAUUCUUGAAAAGAAGCUACAAGAUGCCCAGGUCAAACUUGCAGAGAAAGAUGAAGAUAAGGAAAAAGAAAUUCAGAGCCUUAAAAGACUAAUUACUGAACUUGAAUUUCAGCUGACAAUGGAAAAGAACAAUAAUGAAUCAUUUCUGGAUAAUAUGAGGAAAGAAAUUAAACACAAGUCAGAUGAACUGGAAAAAUUAACCCAGGAGAGGACACAGCUGAUUCACAAUUUGAGUCAAGUUCAAGAGGAGAACACUCUUCUCCAGGAAACAGUGCGCAGAGAGUGUGAGGAACGCUAUGAGCUGACUGCAGCUUUGACUCAGGCCAGGGAACAAGUACUGGAACUAAAAAAGCUCAGUGGAAACUUCCCGUUAUCGCCGUGUUCCCUGACUCAGGGCAGCCUAACCUCCUCUGCUGCCCUGCUCGCUGAUUACGGACAGAAAAGCCGCGCGAGCCCCAGCGCUGGGAAGGAAAUCAAUCUCUCCAGACAGUUUGGUAUUUCAAGAGCUGCUAAGGCACCCACCUCCAGUAAGCGUAACAGCAGCGGCAGUGUGGGCUUGCCGGCUCUAACCCCACCGCAUCCUCCAAGAGGAAGGGCGGCUUCGCUGAAUGAGCCCAGGAGCAGGAUUGCUGCAGUUAUAAGACGACAACUGAGUCAGCUCUGA